AUGGUUGGCUCACGAGUAUACGUUGGUGGUUUACCCCGUGAUACACGGGAACGUGAUUUAGAACGGUUCUUCAAAGGCUACGGAAGGAUAUGUGACAUCAUGAUUAAAAACGGCUAUGCUUUCGUGGAAUUCGAGGACCACCAAGAUGCGGACAAUGCCAUCUAUGAAUUGGACGGCAAAGAUCUAUUGGGCGAAAGGGUGUCCGUUGAGCAAGCUAGAGGGAAACCCCGUGGAGGUGAUGUACGACGGGGUGGACGCUCUGAAAAGGCCCGGGGUGGAUCUCGGUACGGGCCUCCGAGAAGGUCCAAGUAUCGUGUGAUUGUGAAGAAUGUCUCAUCAAGUGUAAGCUGGCAGGAUUUAAAAGACUACCUUCGUCAAGCCGGGGAAGUCAUCUAUGCCGAUACCCAUCGGCCAAGGAGGAAUGAAGGAAUAGUCGAGUUUGAAACGAGGAGAGAUAUGGAGAAGGCGAUCGAUAAAAUGGAUGACACCAAAUUAAAUGGCCGUCGUAUUCGAUUGAUAGAGGACGAUGGUGGUCGUAACAAGCGUGGACGAUCUCGUUCAUUGGACAGUCGCUCCCGAUCACGAUCGCGUUGUCGUUCUCGAUCACAAUCUGGCAGUUCUUAUCGCACUCGCUCAGAAUCAAGGAGCAGAUCAGUGUCGCCGAAAAAACCACGCUACGAACGACAGAAACGUUAUCGUGACGAGUCUCGUUCACGCUCCCGAUCACUCAAUGGCGAUGCGAAGAAAUAUUGUUCUCGAUCUCGUUCAAAGUCAGAACGUCGGUUUCGCUCGCGAUCCAACUCAAAGGAUAACAAAUCACGCUCUCGUUCGCGCUCCAAGGAUACGGCCCGCUCUCGUUCUCGUUCCAAAUCGGAGCGUCGUUCAACCAGUCGAUCAAAAUCAAAAGACAACAAAGGUCGUUCUCGUUCAAAGUCUUACUCACGCUCCCGCUCGCGAUCCUCUUCACGUUCCCACUCUGGCUCUAAAACUCCAUGA